AUGGAUUAUGAAGAAGAAAUGGCGGCGUAUUUUUACUACGAAUCUCAGCAGUACAGUCCUAAAAAGAUCAAAGAAGAGCCAGUUGCAACAAAAGAAGCUUCAGAAAGAGCACCAAUCUUUGAUCACUCAUCAGAUGAAAAGAAUGAUGAUGAUGACAGUGAAGAGAUUCGAAAGCUUGAAUAUUAUGCAAGAAAAUUUUCACCUGAUCAUGAUGAUGAUAAUUUGUUUUUUGCAGGUAAAACAGAAAAGAUCAAAGAAAAACAAGCUGCGAAAAAGAAGAAUCAUAAAGCGGCAACUAUUAAAGAAAAAGAUGAUAGUGAUGAUGAUUAUUCGUAUUAUGAAAGAAAAAUGAAAGAGCACAUAAAAGGAAUGCAAGCAGAAAAAGUUGACAGUGAGGAUGAAGAUGUUCGAGUAAUAAAAAAGCAGGUUAAAAAACAAGAUGAGAGUGAUGAUGAAGAUGUCUGA